CUCUGUUCCUGCAGGGCUUUGGUUUUCAAGCUCAUUGUGAUGAUCGUCCUGUUGGCAGACUCUUAUAAAGGUUCUUUCUCCCCACCUGUCAUUACUCGUAUUUCUAUAAACACCUAUGAGGUGGUGUUAGAGUGUGAGUCUGAAGGCUGGUACCUGGAGACUGAGAUGCAGUGGCUGGAUGGUGAGGGAAAGCUUCUCUCUGCUGGACCUACAGAGAGAGACAAAGGUGCUGAUGGUCUUUAUACUGUCAGCAGAAGAGUGACUGUGGAGAAGAGUAAUGAUGACAUCUUGACCUGUAGAGUCCAUCAGCAGAACAUCAAGCAGACCAGAGAGACACAGCUUAAGAUAUCAGCUCCUGAAAGUCUCACCAUUCUCAGUAUCCUAAUUGGUUGUUGUGGUGGCUUAGCUGGUGGCUUAGUUGGUGGCAUGCUGUUACUUGGAGGUGUUUGGUAUUUCUUCAAUAAAAGCAAGUCUGGAAUUGUGCCAUGCUGUUCCAAAAACCAAACAGAGACAUCACAUGCUAAAGUUUCUCAGCUCCAAAAACACUCCCAGAAGAUCCAAGAAGAACUGAACGUUUGGAAUAAAGAUUUGUUUAAAUUAAAGGAACAGAAGAGUGGACUUCAAAAGCUAAAUUCAAAACUCAGGUUGCAGUUACAGAGAAUAGAGAAGGAGAGGGAGAAAAACAAUGAGAGGAUUAAUGAAGUGGUGAGGAAAACAGAGAGUGAGAGGGACAAUGACACAGAAAGAACAGAGGGAUACUUGAGAGAAAAACAGAGUCUGUUAGAUGCUCAGGGUGAACUGCAGAAAAGAAAGGUGGAGCUGGAGGAUCAGCAACUUAGCAUUGAAAGUCUUCUUGAGAGUGCAGAGGGUAUAGUUGCAUCAAUAACACAAAGCUGUACAAACAAAGAAAAUGAACUGAAGAUGAUUGACAUGCAGCUGGAGGAGGAGAUGGAUGGUAUGGGUGAAAACAGUCACCUCCACAUAGCGUAGUCAAAAGUGUGCUUCUGUUCUGUCAUAUGAUGUGAACACAAUCAACCACUUACAUCUGUACAGUAUAUACUAUAUAUACACUGUAGUAUAUACUUUUGGAACAUGAAAUUGAAAACAAACCAAAUGACCAAAUUAAACUUGUAAUUGUACGUGACAAUACAAUUUCAGUGCAACAAUUGUGAUUACU